ACAACCUCCGAUUCUGACUGGUCUGCUUAAUAUAGAAUACAGUCCUCGUUAAAGGUUAGAAGAUGCUCAAGUAAUGUGUUAAAUAAUUGACUUAGAUAUUGGAAUGGUGGAUAAGACUAUUCCCUUCACAGAAAGUAUGAACUUUGUCUAACGCCAUGUUUACAAAGUGAACUAUCAACUGAACCCAGUGACGAGUUCGAUGAAGUGACUUGGCGCAAGGGAGAUAAUCAGGUUGUACUGUGCUGCUGUAGCUAACAUAUUGUUAGAUAUUUCUGUAGAUAUUUCUGUCUUUAUGAUGGAUAAUAACUGGAGUCACACACUUACAUUCAAACAAUAUGGAGUAGCACUUCGCUCAGUUGUUGGAUUUAUGGCAUUACACUGUAAGAACUAGAAUUCAAAGCUCUAACAAAAAAUUUCGGAAGUGGGAGGAGAAAUGAAGUGGACACCAAUUAGACUCCACUCUAAAGUUUUUUUGCAUUUUUAGGAUUCAAGAACAAAUUAUCUACAAUGUACCCGCAUUUAAAAAAGAAAUCACAAAUUAUAAGAAUAUUCAACAAGUUUUGAUAGAACACCAAUACAGACCACAAGAAGAACAUAAGUAAAAACGGUCACGUGAUGAAAAAUGCAAAGACGAUUGUUUUUCCUAGUGUGUGGCUCCGUCUUCGUAGGUCUGAGCAUUUUGUCAUUCUAUAACCCGAUUGUGACGUUUAUGUCGACGUUAGACUCAAGUAUCAGUCAGAUAUAUAUCUACACCAAUUCAUCAGCCAACAAGGAAAAUACCUUCAAGCUACUAAGCUCACCCCCAAACCAAACCAUCUCCUUGGCUAUUGAAUCCUCUUCGACCACAACUACGACAACUACUCAGCAAUCUACUACCUCCCAGGCCAACGUAUCGGCACUCUACCUGACCACUAGGUUCAUGGGUCGCCUAGGUAACCAGAUGUUCAUCUAUGCUACCAUGGUAGGCCUGGCCAGGGCGCAGAACAGAGUGCCUGUAUUAAAGAGCGGGGGAGAUCUGGUGACGACGUUUCAGAUUACCAACCUCAAUAAAGACAUGAACACAGAUGGAUGGAAUGUGAUUAGUGAGUCAGCCUAUGCUAUAUUCAACUCAAAGUUUAUGAAUCUCCCACCCAGAAACCUCAUCGUCACUGGAUAUUUGCAAAGCUGGAGAUAUUUUCAGCACGCUCAAGAUGAAAUUAGGCGGGAAUUUACUUUCGUACCUUCCAUACAGAAAGAAGCAGACGCUGUACUUGCAAGUUGUAGAUCACAACUACAGAAUCACGUGAUAGUCGGCGUGCACGUUCGACGUGGUGACUUUGUCUCACCCGGAGGUCAGAAAUAUGGCUACGGAGUUGCGGAUGGGUCCUAUUUUGUCAAAGCCUUCGCUAAAAUAAGAUCAUUACUACCCAAUCAAAACAUUACUUUCCUGGUGGCGAGUGAUGACAUGACCUGGUGUAAGAACAAUUUGAACGACAGCAGCGUUAAGAUGUUGUCUGAAGGGAAUGCUGGGAACCACUUCGCCAUUUUGUCCAGCUGUGAUCACGUGAUCUUGACAGGCGGAACGUUUGGUUGGUGGGUCGCCUGGCUGGCUAACGGGAUCACUAUUUAUUAUAAAGAUUUUAUCAGAAAGAACACUCCACUGCAAUCUGGAUUUAGCGAUCGGGAUUAUUAUCCACCAGGGUGGAUCGGCGUUGAAAACUGAUAACAGAAGUCUAGCUUUAUCGAAAAGCAAACAAUCCUAAAUCCAUCACUUAGGUGAAUUCUGAAAAACGAAAUGAUAUUAGCAAUAAACCAGUUUCUAAAAUCCUAUAAUACACAUGCAUCCGGAGUCCGGAGUGUGUUAUAAUAACGGAUUAUUUUCUAAACAAUCAGACAAUGAUAUAAUGUUAUGCAUGGCGUAAGGAUAUAUUUCUUUACUUCAUUGUGUUUUUUUUUUUUCACAUUACGCAGACAAAAAAGAGUCAACGAAUCACCGAACGCUUCGUAGCUCAUUUUGUUUGCUUUAUAUUUGUCUUACGACCUGAUCGUGAAUAUGCGCUUCGGAAUGUUGUUACGACUGUCCUGGUUUGAACCCUGUCUGUCGCCAGCGCGUGCCUUUCUGUCGGAGUUCGAGACUUGAGCGUAAUAAUCUUCUUUAAAACGAAAAAUCGCAAAUGUCCAAGACAUCCACCCAAAGGUAAAUUAUCGCCUAUCUAUGCCGGAGAAACGCCUCAGGCGUGGAAAAAAAAAACACAGCUUAUUAGAGAGAGUAACAGUUCAAGACUGGAAUAAUAAGAACUCAAUUGUUGCGUAUUAUCUCUAUGUGAAGAUAGGACUAUUUUCAUUCAACUCAAAAAAAAAAAAUUGAAAAAUUUCAAUACAUAAACUAUUUGUAAGCCCCCCAGGCACAAAAGCUCCGUACUGAGGUUAACCUUUAGUAGCACGGCGCAGGUAUCUGACAGUGCUCCUCUGAGUGUCCCUGUCUCCAUUCAGACCAAGACCCCAGCAUGCACCAGUCUUGUCGUUCUCAAGACCAAAUAUAUUGAGUUUUUUUAUUCUAAGCAAUCGUUGAGGAUGUGUUCCACCGAUUCGAGGUUUUCAUGACCAUGUUAGCAUCUGGGAUCUCUCGGAGUCUAGUGAAGUAGCGGCUCCUAUAGAACAAUGCCCUGAGCAAAAAUGUGCCCAAUUACUUGAUCCUUUCUGUCUGGCACAAGUCACCUGUGCUGCUUGACCGUAUUAAGUCCUUUCUGUCUGGCACAAGUCACCUGUGCUGCUUGACCGUAUUAAGUUCUUUCUGUCUGGCACAAGUCACCUGUGCUGCUUGACCGUAUUAAGUCCUUUCGAACUUCCGGUUACCGUGCUAAAACAGUUCCAACAAACUCUUGCAACGAUGUUAUCCUCGGCCAAUGUGAUGUCCAUCUCUGCUGUAUCUUGAUAGCAAUGACUUUAUGCAAACUCCAUAGCAACGCAAUAACAAUCCUAACAAUUAGCCCUGACCUUUUUCAUAGUAGGUGGUCAAAUCAACGGAAGCUGGUUACAAGCAUAAGUAGAAAAACAUUCAAUCAAUAAUUUAAAGCCAAACUUUUGCACCGAGUAGUGUUGAUGUUUGUUUGGUGUUGAUAGUCUUGCUAAUAGCGCUAGCCCCAUGCUGGCAAAUUGAUUUGUUGGAAAUUAUAAGCAAUUUAUAGAUGUUAAAUGUAUAUGAAGUAUUUGUGCUUUACUAUUUAAAUAUUCAGUUUGAAUUGAUUUUUUAGCGAUCUAUUGCACUAUUAUUUUGAGAGAUUAUUGAGGUGCCUAAAAGAUAUCCACAAACUUACACCAAGAUGUCUGUGAUAUUCAAGAUACAAAAAAAAACAAAUCGCCUUUUAUCAUGUUUGUGUUUACGACAUAAUUCUUCAUUUCAAGUGCCAUCUUAAAAUUGAGUAUUUAACUAUAUACAACAGUAAUUGCUCACCUUUACCUGUAGUCUGAGAAACUUUGUGAUCUGCCGUCCCACCCUUUUUAUUCUUCUUUUUGCUACAUGACAUUGUAAGCUUUCUCCCUUGGUGUAACGCUGUCCAGUCUUUCAUUUUAGUCUUUUCAUUUCUUCUUUGUCCUGCCUCUCUUUUGUCCCGCCCGCCUCUCUUCCUUGUCCUGCCUCUCUUUUGUCCCGCCCGCCUCUCCUCCUUUUCUCCUGAUAAUUUUUCUAAGCUGGAAGAGUUUCACUAUUCAUAAAGAGCUCAACACAUGUUCGUUUUACUUGAUAUUUAGAAUAUGGCAGAUAUAUAUUCUCGAGGCCUUUAAUCUUCAAUUCUGUCGCGAAGAUAUUUCUAUUUAGUCAAGUUUGACUUUAAGCAUAAACAACUUCAGUUCGGUUGUUUUCAAAAGUAAACAUGAUUUAGUGCCUUCUUUAAUUCAACACAAUUUGUUUCGUGCCUUGACGAAGUAAUAGUGUAGGUAAUUAUGCUUUAGCAAAUAAAAGCAACUUAAAAGUGUCUUGACAAGUAAAUACAAAUUAACGGUACUUUUAGUGUCUUGACAGGUAAAUGAAGCUUAAAGGUAAUUUAGUGUCUGUCUUGACAGGUGAACACAACUUUAGGGUGUUCCAGUACUUUGACUAAUAACUUAGAGUUAGCUUUAGACAGUAGAAGUUUGUCGAUUUUCAUAAUUUACAGACAUCCAUUUUAUUUAUAGAUGUAUCUUUCUUUCUUGUGGUCCAUGAUCUUGUAAAAUGUUUGUAAAAUGUUUUACAUGUUUCGGAUGUUCCUUCAGAGUUGAAGAUAGUUUACUUCCUAAUCCAAACCUCCCGCAGGACGACGGGGGAUGCGAGCGGGCAGGAUUUGAACCCUCGACCAUCUAUAAAUAUGAACGACAGUCCAGCGCGCAAACCGCACGACCAGGCAGCCAUCCUAGUCUUAGUCCUGUGUCUUUUAAUGCUUCUUGGACCAUUACAUUUGGUGAGUUCUACUUCAAGAGCUCGUCUAGACAUGCUUAUUGGCGACUAGAUCAGAGUGUUUGUUCUUGUCUGGCCUUCUCGUUGAAUUUCAAUUAGGCUAGACCUUUCUAGAAGAAUGCUGUUUCUGAUGAUGUAGAGACAGAUAUAAAAAUACUGCUGAAACAUCUGAUAAAUGUUCGUUCUUUCCUAAAGUCAGUUUUCUUUAUAAAGUCAGUUUUGAGUAUUCUUCAAAAAGUCAAUUUGAAUUAUUCUUCAAAAAGUUAGUUUUGAGUCUUCUUCAGAAAAGUAAGUUUUGAGUCUUCUUCAAAAAGUUAAUUUUGAAACUUCUUCAAAAAGUUAGUUUUGCCUAUCACUAUAAUAUGUUUGUCAAGAUAAACAUUUUCCUAGUUGUCGAGUAGAGCUCUCCAGAGCUAAAGAUUCAUUUUUUUCUAGCUAAAUGAAAGCUUCUUUUAUUUGGUUUAUCAACCUCUUCCUCUGUUUGUAACUGUCUUUACAAAUGAUACUAUGCAGGUAGCUACAAAGUGUCUCAAAAGAAAUCCAUGUCUCAGCUAUUCGAUAAGUCGGAUAGCAGGAUCCUAUUUUCCAUUUCGUUAGAUAGACAACAGAUAUUAUCAAUCCGACUUUUGAAGUAAAUGCUACAACCCUAAUGGUUAUAUCAAAAUUUUGUUAUACAUAAAUAAAUAACGGAAAACUAAAUAUAUCAUUUGUUUUUAUCAUUACGACAUUUUUAUUUAUAUAUACGAAAGUGGCCGAGUGAUAAAGCACUGGCAUCCACACCGAAGAAUCUCUAGAUCGAAUCUCUGGUAGUGACUGGUAUUUUGAGCAUCGGGAUUUUUAAAAUCGCCCAUGAGUCCACCCAACUCUAAUAGGGGGAGGUAAAGGUGGUUGGUCUUUAUGCUGGACAGUCGGCCAUACAAACAGAUGAACUUUACAUCAUCUGACCCAUGGAGCUGAAAGAGGUACGUUCCUUUUGGCGAAUUUCUUAACGUCACACUUUUGUUUUGUUGACUUGCUUCAACUUGCCCACAGGUUGUGACGUUGUGGGCCAGUGUUGAGGCCUUCUACAGUGAUCUCACUCGCGCCCACUGAGAUUAUAAUUUGAAGUCAAUAAAUACGAUAUUUAUUUACUGUAGAGCAUGUUUGAAUUGAAAUAGAAGAUUUUAGUUAAAAUUAUUAAUAAUUUGUAAGUUAAUUUACAUUAAGGCAGACUCAGAAAAAAAAAACUACCUCCGUUAUAUUAUAAUAAUGUAUUAUUUUUACAGUUAACUCACUAAUAGCGUAGUGUCUGUAUGUGACUUGUAUGAAAACUAAUUCGUAAAAGCUUAGUGGUUACAUUGUAUAAGCGUUAGGGUUAGUUGUUACAAAGCUUAAAUCAACUCACUCUGUCUGUGUAUCUGCCUGGCCAAAAGUUUGUACACGUUAUUUCUCCGACACCCAAUUUCGGAUUAAGUUGAAAUUUUGCACAAUUAUUUCUUUUACCUGACAACACAAGAAUCAAUUUUAAAAAUACCAAUUAGAUAAUUAACUAUUGGUAAUAAAUUACUUUGUUUGGUAUCUCAAACAAGGGAAAGAAAAAGUACUUGACUGAAAUGGUGGUAUAAGCUGAAUUAGUCCCCUUUAUACAUUGUCGUCUGCGGUUGAUUACAAAUUUAAUUACAUGACUGAUUCAAACUAAUUGAUACACUUAAUAUCAGCUAUGUUUUUUUUUAAAGUACUGUUUUUGUAUUUUGCUUGUAAUUAUCGUAAAUCUUAAAUAUAUAGCUCACUCAUUCAUACAAUGAUUGUAUAUAUUAUUCGUAUUAAAUGCAUUGUAAAUGGUGACACAACAGAAAGAGAAAGUAUUAUCAGAAAGCUCCUGGGUUUGGUAAAAAGAGGGUUUGGUAUACAUCAAAAAAGAGUAAAUAAAGAAAGUGGAUAUGCUAUAAAGAAGGCGUGAUAUAAAAAGGGCGUGCUAUAAAGAAGGCGUGAUAUAAAAUGAGUGUGCUAUAAAGAAGGCGUGAUAUAAAAAGUGUGUGCUAUAAAGAAGGCGUAAUAUAAAAAGGGUGUGCUAUAAAGAAAGUGGUUGUAGUCUAAAAAGGGUGUGGUUUAAAGUGGUUGCGGUAUAAAGAGGGUGUGGUAUCAAGAAAGAGGGUGUGGUAUAAAGAAAGAGGGUGGGUAUAAAGAAAGAGGGUGUGAUAUUAAGUGGGAGCGUUGUUUCAUUUAAAAAAACACUUUUUGUCCAAAUCCAUAAUGUAAUGAUGAAGGGAAUUAGACAUUCCAACACGAAACGAAGGCACAUUGAAUGUCUAAUAACUGUGCAUAGGUGUAAAAUGUAUCUGUAAUUGCAAACGUUUUGUUCUCUGUUGAACACGUUUUUAUUCCAUAAAUAUUAAUAUACGUUUUCAAAGUAAUUAUAUGUUUUAUUAAUGUAUACACAAUUUAUAAAAGCUGUUUUUCACACACUCAUUUUACAUAAGGAAAACGAUUUUGUACUAUACAUGUAUACUAGCAUUACCCACCGGCUACACCCUUUGAUUUGUUAAUUUUGCAAUGAACCCCUCCUUUUUUUCCUUUAGGAUAGCAACAAUAAUAAUAAGGCCCGCAACUUAAAGCUUCCUCAUGAUGGCCCCAUACAUUCCUUAAGCCCUCAAAUUCUUGUAUCUCUAACGUCAAAUAGGACUGGCCGGUCACUUCGAGUGUCACUUCUCUCCCCAAGCUUCCAGCCUUUACACAUUGUCUUAUUCAUAUUUUCUGACUUUUCAGUUCGAAUAUUCGAAUACUCGAAUUAUUUCAUUGACUGUUAUGAUAUUUUUUAGCAUGUGCUCAGUCUGUCUGUCUUUCCAUCUGUCUGUCUAGUAAAAAGUUUGAACUUUUUUUUUCUCCCAUUUCCUAUUCUCGGAUCAAGUUAAAACUUUGCGCAAUUUUUCAUUGAGCCUGACAAGAGAUGAAUCAAUCCAACAUAUAAUCGCCGAGUAUUCUUGAACAGUUCAGCUCCGUAUUGAAAUAUUUGAAUGCUUUCUGAUGCUUUUCAGUCAGUGUCCUUUUUUUUAUUAUUGCAUCCUGCACAUCGAACGCUCUUAUAGACUUAUACUAUUUUGGUCGAACACUUCCCACUUCCUAUUCGAACACUUCACCCCCCCCCACCAAAAAAAAAAGGUCGCUUAUACCGACCUCCCACACACAGAAACUAACUUCUGGCCUGAGAAUUCUAGUAUCACUUCUCUCCCCGUCACCAGUCCUAAAACAUUAAUUUUACAAUCACUGACUUCUCAUCGGCUUCUUAAUUCAAUUUAAAAGUAUUACUAGCUGGAUAGGACCUGCGGCCUGCGGGCCUUAGUUUGGGAAUGACUGAUCUAGUAGAUUGGAUUUAGAUCUAUGUGGGCCCUAUGUCACAUUUUGUUUUCGCCACUAAAAUGAAUGGAGAGUUUGAAAAUUGGUUUAUCAGUUUAGCCAAUUAUUGAUAACUAAUAUAAAAUACUAUGAAAACUGAUUGACCCGACAAAGUUCAAAUGUUUCGAUUGUGGGAGGAAGAUUUAACACUACGGUCUCCGCCAUGAUCCAAUGAACAUUUAUCAAGAUUGGUCAUCCGGUUUUUAUUUCUAUGCGGGACAUACAUAGAGACAUACUCCGUACAUUCUACUUUAUAUAUUAGCUAUGUUGCUUUUUGUCGGAUCCCUUUUUAUUUUUAUCACUCUGGCGUCCUAGCGCUUUUACAUAAGAAUGCUAUUAUCUUUCAACACAAAAAUAAUAGAGUUAUACUUAGAUUUCAUUUGUUUCAAUACAUUUUGACUCACAAAGACACCUAAGAAGUCAAUUGCGGCUUCAUAUAACAAAAAAAAAAAGAAGAUUAUUUCAUUCAAUGUCUACAAUGGAAAGUUUUGUGCCAAUGAGUAGAAAGGAAAUCUAUGCAUAAAAAUAGUUUUUUAAAAAGUUGGAAGUUAAAUCUUAUACUUUUCGAUAUAUCGGCUUAAAAAAACAAUUGGUUAGAAAUUGUGUAGUAAAUUUUGAUCAAUUUAUCCGUUGCGGUUUCAAUCAUGAAAGUAUCUUAGUUUUUCUACACCUAAGGCAACUAAUAACAGGUUCAAGUUUCGUAGUAUGUAGUCCACGACAAGAGCUAGCGAAAGGGAAGUCAGUGAAUGAGUGAAUAAGAUAAGAGAAGAUUGGAAAUGUAGCCAUUACUUCUUUAAAUUGUGCUUUAAAAUAUGAUUUAUAUAGUUUUCAAGAUCUGUAGUAAAUGCAUUCUAGGUUUUUAAACUUGUGACUUAGUUUUUUAAGCUACGGUAGUUUUUGUCCACGUAAAUGGUUUUGUUGAGUGAAAGGGAAGAAGUGUGACUUGUUAAUGAAUAUCAAAAUGUCUUUCAAUCACACAAUUUUUUUCUUUCUCUCUUCAUUGGCUUGUUGACAUUCCUUGCAUUAGAUGUUAUAUAUAUGUAUAUAUAAUAUUGAUUUGUAGGGUAAAUAAAAUAAAUUAUUAUACGAGUUAAUGAUGACAAAUAAAUGAAAUGUUAAAAAAAAAUU